GAGAAGGCAUUCUGGGCCAUAGCGACGCUCAGGAUUGCCAAUUUGCCAUACACUAUUCCCUCUCCCACAGACGAUGCUCAGGAGAAAAGUCCCUUCACGCUUCAAUUCCAGCGCUCUCAUUUUCUCAAGCACCCACGAGCACCUUAACCACCCACAGCGAAAACAACGAGAACAAAAACCUCUCAGUGAGACGCUCUUGUCCCUCCUGAAAAAAUGUGUAUCCACCAAGCAGUUGCAACAAAUACAAACCCAGAUGCUCGUUAACUCCAUACACAAAUCUAAUUUCCUUCUCUCCAAAAUCAUCGACCUCAGAAACUUCACCUAUGCCUCCCUUCUCUUCUCCCAUAUCCCCCAACCCAACGACUACGCCUUCAAUGUUAUGAUCCGUGGCCUAACCAAUACAUGGCAUAAGUAUGCUCUUGCCCUUCGAUUCUAUUACCAAAUGAAGUUUUUGGGCCUAAAGCCCAAUAAUUUUACGUACCCAUUUUUGUUCAUUGCAUGCGCGAAUCUUUUAGCGUUAAAUCAUGGCCGGGUGGCCCACUCUUUGAUAUUUAAAAUUGGGUUGGAUAAUGAUGAUCAUACAUAUCAUUCAUUGUUGACAAUGUAUGCCAGGUGCGGUGAAUUGGGUUGGGCCCGAAAAGUGUUUGACGAAAUUACUGAGAGGGACUUGGUUUCGUGGAACUCGAUGAUAUCGGGGUACUCAAAGAUGGGGCAUGCUGCAGAUGCGGUGAGGCUUUUUCACGAAAUGAGGGAAGUGGGGUUUGAGCCAGAUGAAAUGACUUUAGUGAGCGUUCUUGGGGCAUGUAAGGACAUAGGGGAUUUGAGUUUGGGGAGGUGGGUGGAGGAGUUCGUUGUGGAGAGUAAGAUGGAGCUGAACUCUUAUGUGGGUUCUGCAUUAAUUGAUAUGUAUGGUAAGUGUGGGGAUUUAAUGGCAGCAAGGAGGAUUUUUGAUACUAUGGGGAAGAAAGAUGUUGUCACAUGGAAUGCCAUGAUCACGGGAUAUGCACAAAAUGGAAUGUCAGAUGAAGCAAUCAUGCUAUUUAAUCACAUGAGAGAGGUGGGUGUUAAUCCAGAUAAAAUCACGUUGAUCGGAGUGCUGUCUUCUUGUGCUUCAAUUGGGGCCCUUGACAUUGGGAAAUGGGUUGAUACAUAUGCAUCAGAAAGAGGCUUGCAGCAUGACAUAUAUGUUGCUACUGCAUUGGUUGAUAUGUAUGCAAAGUGUGGGAGCUUAGACAGUGCACAAAGAGUCUUUGAAGGCAUGCCACAGAAAAAUGAUGUCUCUUGGAAUGCCAUGAUUUCUGCACUUGCUUUUCAUGGGCAGGCACAAGAAGCCUUAUCAUUAUUCGAGCGCAUGUCAAAGGAGGGUGGGUUUGCCUGCCCAAAUGACAUCACAUUUGUAGGAGUACUUUCUGCAUGCGUUCAUGUAGGAUUGGUUGAUGAGGGCCGUAAAUUGUUUGAUAUGAUGAGCUCGUCUUUUGGUUUGGUCCCAAAAGUUGAGCAUUACUCUUGCAUGGUUGAUCUUUUGGCACGCGCAGGACAUCUUUAUGAAGCUUGGGACUUCAUUGAGAAGAUGCCUGAAAAACCUGAUGAAGUUGUAUUGGGGGCCUUGCUUGGUGCCUGUCAGAAGCGCAGAAACAUAGAUAUCAGUGAGCGGGUUGUGCAGCUACUGCUGGAGCUAGAGCCUUCAAAUUCUGGAAAUUAUGUUAUCUCAUCAAAAAUUUUUGCAAAUUUGAAAAGGUGGCAUGAUUCAGCAAGGAUGAGAGUGUUGAUGAGACAGAGGGGUGUCAAUAAGACUCCUGGUUGCAGCUGGAUUGAGAUUGAGACUCAACUUCAUGAAUUUCAUGCUGGCGGUGAUUUACACCAUAAUUCGGUAGAAAUUUAUGAAGUACUUGAUCUGCUAUAUGAGGAGCUGCAGGGGGAAGGUUACAUUCCGAAGAUUGGUGAAUUUGCUGAACAAGGAGUUGAAGGGGACAGAGGACUGAUGAGUUAAAAACUUACUUUACUUAGCAGUCUUCUGGACCAACGAUAUGCUUGGAAUCGCUGUGUUUAUAGGUGCCAUUGGCCUUUCAAGUGGAGAGAAAGAGAGAGAGCUGCAACUCCUGAAAUUCGCUCUUGAUCUUAUCUGGCUGUAUCCAUUUACUUUGGGGAACAUUGCAACUUGUUACUUGCAGAAUUGCAGUGCCAAGCUCACCUGGAGAAAUAUUGGAAUUGACAUUCCUGGAAAGAAUAGGUAUGUCAAAGCAUUGUGUUGGGAUUUAAAAGCUCAGAGAGGCAAGGUCCCAAUGAAUUGUUUACAAUGGGUAGGCACACAUAUUCAUUGCCUAACGCUUUUCUAGCAAGGAAAAAACUGAUGAAGUGCAAGUGUGAAGUGCAGGGGAAGAACUGAAGCGACAAUCAUGCUUUAGGAGAGAAAGAGUCCAAGAACCAUAUCUGCAAGUCGUAAAUGGAUCAUAUGGUGAGAUUUUUGUCUUGGAUUGCUCUUCCCAGGAAACAAGUCAUCGAAUUGAACAGUAUACAUCCUUUAUAAGAAAAUAGAAAUGCUAAAAACUACACUUUUAUUCUA